CCUUUCCGAGCGCUCGGGUUCCUCCGCCAGCCGGCUCAGCGGGGCGGUGCCUCGGUGCCCCGGUGCCCCGGUGCCCCGGCGUCCCGCGCCUGGCCAGGGGUAACCCCUGAAGGAAUUCGUCAGAAAGAGCCUAUUUCUCUAAUUCUCUCACGCUGAACACCCACUUGAAGCUUGCUUUCUACCUCUCCGAUCCAAGCGCCUGAUCUUGCGGGCCAAACUUGCUCCCUCCGCAGUCUCCUCCACCUAAGUAAAUGUCAAGAAAGGUUCAGGCUGAAAACCUUGGUGCAGCCUCCUCGCCCUUCAUAUCAGCGCACAGGAUUCUAUUUGCUCGACUUGAGAAAAUAUCCAGCCUCCUGGGACUCUUGCACCGUCUCUGCGGCCACUCUGGUCCAAGCCUCCAGCAUCUCCCACCUGGAUUGUUGGUGAAUAGAAGAUGAAUAAACCCAUAACAUCUUCAACAUAUGUGCGCUGUCUCAAUCUUGGACUAAUUAGGAAGUUGUCAGAUUUUAUUGAUCCUCAAGAAGGAUGGAAGAAGUUAGCGGUAGCUAUUAAAAAACCAUCUGGUGAUGAUAGAUACGAUCAGUUUCACAUAAGGAGAUUUGAAGCAUUACUUCAAACUGGAAAAAGUCCCACCUGUGAAUUACUGUUUGACUGGGGCACCACAAAUUGCACAGUUGGUGACCUUGUGGAUCUUUUGAUUCAAAAUGAGUUUUUUGCCCCAGCGAGUCUUUUGCUACCAGAUGCUGUUCCUAAAACUCCUAAUACAGUACCUUCUAAAGAAGCUGUAACAGUUCAGCAGCAACAGAUGCCUCUCAAUGGCAAAGACAGGACAUUUGUGUUACCUGUGCAGAACUUUGAACAAAACUAUAUGCCACCUGACUCCUCAAGUCCAGAAAAUACAAGUUUAGAAGGUAGUGAUACACGUUUUCACAGUUUUUCAUUUUAUGAAUUGAAGAAUGUCACAAAUAACUUUGAUGAGAGACCCAUUUCUCUCGGUGGCAACAAGAUGGGAGAGGGAGGAUUUGGAGUUGUAUAUAAAGGCUACGUGAACAACAAAACUGUAGCAGUGAAGAAGCUUGCAGCCAUGGUUGACAUUAGUACUGAAGAACUGAAACAGCAGUUUGAUCAAGAAAUAAAAGUUAUGGCAAAGUGUCAGCAUGAGAACCUAGUAGAACUGCUUGGUUUCUCAAGUGAUGGAGAUGACCUCUGCUUAGUGUACGUUUAUAUGCCCAACGGCUCAUUGCUAGACAGGCUGUCUUGCUUGGAUGGUACUCCACCACUUUCUUGGCACAUGAGAUGCAAGAUUGCCCAAGGUGCAGCUAAUGGCAUCAGUUUUUUACAUGAAAACCAUCAUAUUCAUAGAGACAUUAAAAGUGCAAAUAUCCUACUAGAUGAAGACUUUACAGCCAAAGUAUCUGACUUUGGGCUUGCCCGGGCUUCUGAGAAAUUUGCCCAGACAGUGAUGACUAGCAGAAUUGUGGGCACAACAGCUUAUAUGGCACCUGAGGCUUUACGAGGAGAAAUAACACCCAAAUCUGACAUCUACAGCUUUGGUGUGGUUUUAUUAGAAAUAAUAACUGGACUUCCAGCUGUAGAUGAACACCGUGAGCCUCAGUUAUUGCUAGAUAUUAAAGAAGAAAUUGAGGAUGAAGAAAAGACAAUUGAAGACUAUAUUGAUCCGAAGAUGAAUGACACUGAUCCCACUUCCAUUGAAACUAUGUACUCUGUUGCUAGUCAAUGCUUGCAUGAAAAGAAAAAUAAGAGACCAGACAUUAAGAAGGUUCAACAGCUGCUGCAAGACUUGACAGCUUCUUAAAACUUUACUGGAAUAGACUCUUGGUUUUUGUGUAGACCUAUCUAUACCAUUUUUUAAACUAAAUUUUUUUUUGGAAACAUUCUUUUUUACAUUUAACAAGGCAGCAUGGAGCAGUGCAGUGGUUAUUAAAGCUUAUAUAAAACCCCCAACAUGUAUAGAAUAAACAAAAGUCAAGCCACGGUAUCAACCCUAAGUCCUACUUCAUUAGUGUCACCCUCAGUUCUCCAGUAAUCCCUGAUACCUCUCCUCGGAACUCCACCAAACAUGGGUUGAAAACUAUAGAAUUAGCAACAAACAGGACUGGACCACAGGGUGAAAAGACCCCAGACCAAAGCCCAACUCCACUACUAAUUUGCUGUAGAGCUUGGACAAUCCCUUAACAGCUUUGAGCUUUGCUUCCCCCCCCACACACCCCACCCCCACUGGUAGCAUUAGGCUAAUACCUACUGUGCUUCUCUGACAGGUAGUCAUGAAAAUCAAAUAAUGCAGAAUAUGUACAAGCACUUUGUAACAUGAUAUACCAGUUUGUAAAGUGACGUAAAAUUAAAAGUUUAUGUAGAUGUUUAUACAAUCCAAUUACAGUCAUUUGUGUAUAGGAUCAUGUUUGCAGUGUGCUAUUUUAAGCAAUCAUUCACCACUAACCAAAUAUGCCCUGAUGUUAUUCCCAUGAUGAUAUGGUCAAUACUAGACUAUGUUACCUGGCAAAAUUGAAGGAAUUUAGCAGAUGUUGUUAUGGUCCCUAAUCUGCUGACUUUGAGUAUCAACAGAGAGACUGAUGAGUGGGCCUGACCUAAUAAAGUGAGAUUCUCCUGUGGGCCUUGAAGAAGUAAGCUACCGUGUUGUAAGAAAGCCACAUUGGCUAAAACCUAAGGAUGGCCUACUAGGCUAAGACUACCUUCCUAAGGUUAGUCAGCAAUAAAAAACUGGGAACCUGGGUCAUAUAACCACAAGAAAGUGAAUUCUUCUAAAAAGAACAACUUUUUCUUCCCAUAUUUCUGACCCACUGGUUUGCUAGCGAGCCAACUAAAAAUUUUUGACUUUAAAUUUCCCUCACUAUGCUCUAUGAGAACCAAGGAGGUAAUGGGAACAAUUAGUAAAUGUUUUGCCUUACCUUUCUGAAAUAUAAUUAAGAGAAAUUUAAGACAUUCUAAAGCAUUUAUUUCUCUAUGUACUUUCUGGUUCUGUAACCAUACAAAAUGGCCAUAGAUCUCAGCUAUCUGUAGUCCUUUUUUUUUUCACUUUCAAAACACAAGCAUACCUCAGAGAUAUUGUGAAUUCAGCUCCAGACCACCACAAUAAAGUGAGUAUCAUGAUAAAAUGAGUCAAAUAAAUUUUUUGAUUUGCCAAUGCAUAUAAAAGUUAUGUUUACACUAUACUGUAGUCUAUUAACUGUGCAAUAGCAUUAUGUCUGAAAAAUAAUGUACAGGGGAUCCCUGGGUGGCUCAGCGGUUUAGCGCCUCCCUUCAGCCCAGGGUGUGAUCCUGGAGACCCGGGAUCGAGUCCCGCAUUGGGCUCCCUGCAUGGAGCCUGCUUCUCCCUCUGCCUGUGUCUCUGCCUCUGUGUGUGUGUGUGUGUCUCUCAUGAAUAAAGAAAUAAAUAAAAUCUUAAAAAAAUUAAUGUACAUACCUUAACUUAAAAAAUACUUUAUUACUAGAAAAUGCUAGGUAUCAUCUGAGCUUGAAGGGAGUUAUAAUCUUUUUGUUGGUGAAGGGUCUCGCCUCCAUGUUGAUGGCUGCUGAUUGAUCAGGGUGGUGAUUGCUGAAUGCUGGAGUGGCUGUGGCAAUUUCUUAAAUGAAGCUUACCCUAUCAAUUGACUCUUCCUUUUACAAACAAUUUCCUUAUAGCAUGCCAUGCUGCUUGAUAGCAUUUUUACCUACAUUAGAACUUUUCUUAAAAUUGGAGUCAAUCUUCUCAUACCCUGCCACUGCUUUAUCAACUAGGUUGAUUUAAUACUCUAAGUGUUUUGUUAUCAUUUCAACAAUCUUCACAGCAUCUUUACCAGGAGUAGAUUUCAUCUCAAGAAACUACUUCCCUAAGAAGCAACUCCUCAUUUGUUACAGUUUUAUCAUGUGUUGCAGAAAUUUAGUCACAGCCUAAGACUCUACUUAUAAUUCUAGCUCUCUUGCUUUUUCCAUCACAUCUGCAGUUACUUACUCCACAGAAGUUUUAAACCCCCCAAAGUCAUCCAUGAGGGUGAGAAUCAACUUUCGUCAUGUCAGCAAUAAGACCAUUUCACUUUCUUAUCAUUCAUGUGUUCACUAUAGUAGAACUUUCAAUUUCCUUCAAGAACUUACGCUGUGCAUUCACAACUUAGCUAAAUGAUGCAAGAGUCCUAGCUUUUGGUCUGUAUCAGCUUUUGACAUGUCUUUCCUGCUAACCUUAAUCAUUUCUAGCUUUUGAUUUAAAGUAAGAGCUGUGUGACACUUCCUUUCACCUGAACACUUAUAGGCCAUAUACUAAUUUGCCUAAUUUCAAUAGUGUGUAUCUCAGGGAAUAAGAAGGCCUGAGAAGAGGGAGAGAGAUGGGGGAACAGUAGAUUAGUAGAACAGUCAGAGUACACACAACCUUUAUCACUAAUUUUGCUGUCUUAUAUGGGCACUAUAAUUGGUGCCUCAAAACAAUGACAAUCAUAACAUCAAAGGUCACUGACCACAGAUCACCAUAACAAAUAUACUAAUAAUUAAAAGUUUGGAAUAUUUAAGAAUUACCAAAAUGUGGCACACAGAAACACAAAGUGAGCAAAUACUGUUGGAAAAAUGGUGCUGAUAGACUUACUUGACCUGGGGUUGCCAUAAAUCUUCUUCAUUUUAUAAAAGCUGCAAUAUCUGCAAAAUGAAAUAAAAUGAUUUAUGCCUAUAUGUAUGUAUUUUAUUUUUUUCUAGCUUUAUUAUGGUAUAAUUGCCAAAAUUAUAUAACUUCAGGUAUUCAAUGUGAUGUUUUGGUAUCUGUGCAUAUUGUGAAAUAAUUACCACAAUCAAGCUAAUUAACACAACCAUCACUUCACAUGGUUACCUUUUUUUAUUUUUUGGUGUGGUAAGCACAUUUAAGAUCUACUCUCAUAGCAAAUAUUAGUAUACAAUACAGUAUUAUUAACUAUAAUCAUCAACCUAUACAUUAGAUCCCCAGAACUGAGUCAUUUUAUAACUAAAAGUUUUUAUUCUGUGACCAACCUCUCCCCAUACACCUUUAAAGUUUGUACUAUUCUACUGUAAGAGUGGACACAGAAAGGAAUGUCUUUUUAAUCAUUCAAAUUCUUUUUUUUUAAAUCAUUCAAAUUCUAAUCUCAAAAAUGAAGAUCAACAUGGAGACAAAGGCAAUGAAUCUCCAAAAUUAAUGCUAAGAUUUCAUUCCCCUGAUGAAAUUAGGAACAAAAUCACCUCAUGAAAUACUCUGACCUAAAAUAAUAAUUAACAAAUAAAAUUAAAUCAACAAUAUUCAUUGUCAUCUUCAAUAGUCCAGACACUUACAAAAGCAAUAAACAUAUAAUAAUGAACAAUACAAAGUCCUUGUUUCCUAGGAGCUUUCUCCCAGGAGAAAGUCACCAAGACUUUUGUCUUUCGUUUGAUGGAGAUGAGACACAAGUUGAUAAUAUACAAGUAAAUAAAACAAGAUCAGGUCGUGAUAAGUAUAAAGGAAACAUUAAAACUAGGUAUUGUGAUAGAUUCCCUUGGCUAAAAAGCUUUAACAACACCCAAGCACAAACAAACAAAAAAAAACCUACCGGCGUAUAGUCUCAGAAAUGAUAGGCAUGUAUUGUAACUUAGAAAAAAGAAGAUAAAAAAUCUAAACUGAAUCAAGUUUUCUGUGUUUGACUGUAUUAUCAGAGGCCUUUAGGUUAGCAAUGAUCCAAGGAUAAGACUUCAUCACAAAAUUUCUACUACUAUCCUGGGGCAAGGAGUAUUGUCUUUCAGAUUAUGUCAGGUAUUGUCCUCUACUAGGCUAUUUGUGCAUCAGGGUAGUUUGUUGAAUAUAGUUAAGGUUAUCUAACUAUCUGUUUGCUAGCAUUAACUCCAUACUUACCUAGCAGCCUUUUCUUUUUUUCUUUUCUUUUCUUUUUUUUAGCAGCCUUUUCUUUCCAUUUUGAUUUCUUGCCUGGAUUUGCCUUUUGAAAGAUUAUGCACAAUUACAACCUACAUAUCAGUUUCUGUUGCAGAGUAUCUUUUUAUGAUUAGUAAAAUCACGUUCUUGUUUACACCUAAGUCCUUUGAAAGUUUAGAUAGCAUGAAUGAACUCUUCAUGAUUGAUCAGCUCAGGCUGACCUGCAAUUCUAAAAUUUAAACUUUAGACUUUGAGUUACCCUUUCUUCUACUAUAGCCAUUCUAAUAGCAAAUGGUGUUUCAGCCUCUUUUUAGAAUUAAAAAGUAGCAACAAUCCAGCAAUUACACUACUAGGUAUUUACCCAAAGAAUACAAAAAUAUUAAUUCAAAUGGAUACAUGCACCCCAAUGUUUAUAGCAGCAUUACCUACAAUAGCCAUAUUAUGGAACCAGUCCAAAUGUUCAUCGACUGAUGAAUGGAUAAAGAAGAGAUGUGUAUAUAUAUA